UUCUUCCGCGUCUUUAUCGUUAGGAAGACUUUAAGCACUGUUUUAGCAUUAGCCUUCGAGGCUAAGCUAGGCUAAGCUAAAGCUAACGACUGGUGUUGUUGUGUUUCUCUCUCUGCAGAACUGUAUUACCUGAUCGCCAGAUUCCUGCAGUCUGGACCAUGUCAGAAAUCCGCUCAGAUGCUGCUGCAGGAGCUGCACGAAUACGAGAUCAUCCCGAAGCGCUGGAGCUGGGAUGGAAAGCAGUUUAAGCGAAGCUUUGAAGACUGGGUCUUGUUAAAUCAGCACAUACCUGCGGAUUACCUGUUGCAUGUGUGUGAGCAGAUUGGCCCAUUGAUAGAUAAACACAUUCCUCCCAGUGUUCCUGGAGUCCACAGUUUACUGGGCAGUGGGCGACAGUCAUUACUACGGACAGCAAAAAGUUCUUCUCUUACAGUAUGGAGUGGUUCUGCAGUAGUCGCCUUGCACAGGGGACGGCCCCCAGAACCACCUCUCAACUGUGCCAAACCACCAAAUAUAGUGUCAAUCAUGGGUGCUCGCCAAAAAACAGGAGUGGCUCGAUUUGGCCACGCCGUCCCCUCCUGUACCUAUCAGCACAUGAAGAUGCAUCGAAGGAUUCUGGGCCAUCUCUCAUCAGUGUACUGUGUGGCGUUUGACCGCACUGGGUGGCGCAUUUUUACGGGUUCUGAUGAUUGUCUAGUGAAGAUCUGGGUGACGGAUGAUGGCCGUCUCCUAACCACUCUGCGUGGACACGCGGCAGAGAUUUCAGACAUGACAGUGAAUUUCGAGAACACGCUCCUUGCUUCCGCCAGCUGUGACAAGGUCAUCCGCGUGUGGUGCCUGCGUACCUGUGCACCUGUGGCAGUGUUGCAGGGGCACACAGCCUCUAUCACCUCCAUACAGUUUUCUCCAUCAGCAUUAGGUUCCUCUAGGCAUCUGGCCACCACUGGAGCUGAUGGGAUGGUGUGUUUCUGGCAGUGGAACUCACUCAGUAUGAAGUUUGAUGAUCGGCCUGUGAAGUUUAUGGAACGUUCUCGUCCCGGAGUUCAGAUAUCCUGCAGUUCCUUCAGCUCUGGGGGAUUGUUUCUGGCAACCGGAGGGACAGACCACAUGAUCAGAGUUUACUACCUCGGCACAGAGACGCCUGUGAAGUUUUCUGACCUGGACUCCCACACGGAUAAAGUUGUAGCUAUUCAGUUUUGCAAUAACACAGACAGUCUCAGGUUUGUGAGUGGUAGUCGGGAUGGUACAGCUCGGAUUUGGCAUUACCAACAGCACGAAUGGAAGAGUACCGUGCUAGACAUGAGCACCAGAUUACCAGGGAGUGCUGUGAUAUCAGGCGAUGACAAAUCGACCAAGUUGGUGGUGACCAUGGUCGCGUGGGAUCGUUACGAUCGCUCCAUCAUCACAGCUGUUUCAAACUGCCUCCUCAAAGUCUGGAACUCAGCAAAUGGCCAAUUACUACAUGUGCUGUCGGGUCAUGAUGAUGAGGUGUUUGUUUUGGAAGCACACCCCUUUGACUCCCGAAUCUUGUUAUCAGCUGGUCAUGAUGGUAACAUCUACAUCUGGGACCUCAGUAAAGGCCUCAAGAUCAGAAACUUCUUCAAUAUGAUUGAAGGCCAGGGUCAUGGUGCUGUGUUUGACUGUAAAUUUUCUGUGGAUGGGCAGCACUUUGCCUGCACAGACUCUCAUGGUCAUCUGCUCAUCUUCGGAUUUGGGUGCAGUCAGCCUUAUGAAAAGAUUCAAGACCAAAUGUUCUUCCAUACGGAUUUCCGGCCGCUGAUCCGGGACUCCAAUAACUUUGUUCUAGAUGAGCAGACGCAGCAGGCACCUCAUCUUAUGCCUCCACCUUUUCUGGUGGACGUAGAUGGGAACCCCCACCCACCUCGUUACCAGCGCCUGGUGCCAGGCAGAGAAAACUGCAAAGAGGAGCAUCUUGUGCCACAGCUCGGCUACAUGGCUAAUGGUGAUGGUGAAGUGGUUGAGCAGGUGAUUGGCCAGCAGACUGCAGAGGAGUCUCCGGAAGAAAGCCCAUUGGAUGACCUGAUUAGGCAGCUCCAGCACCAGCAAGAUGAGCGACUCCACUCAGGAAAUCCUACAGUAGGUGCUGAGGUGGCAGGUGGUCCUCUGUCACCCCCAAACGUUGGGCUGCGACGUAGCGGACAAGUUGAGGGUGUACGGCAGAUGCACAAUAAUGCCCCCCGCAGUCAGAUCGCCACUGAGAGAGACCUGCUGGCAUGGAGCCGCCGUGUGGUGGUUAAUGAAGUCCAGUCUGGCAUAUUCAGAGUGAUGGAAGACAGUAGGCGUGCUAAAGGAGAGGUAGAAAGGUCUUUCUACAACAUUGAGAAGAAGAAGAAGAAAUUUGCUCCCACAACAGGAAGUGAGCCAGUGGGAGAGAGCGUUCGCAUGUUACGGAGGCCUCAGCGCAGACCUCAGCAGAGGAGACAUGCGUAUCAGACCCGCUCGACUCGAGAAAGGAGACGCAGCACAAGUGUGCUCUCGUACACCCAUAACGAGGAAAGUGUGGCAGAGUCCGACAGUGAAGUGGAGCAGGAGGAGGAGCAGAAUGAGAACAGAAACGUGUCCUCUGAUGGUGAAGCUCAGUGGGAGAAUGACAGUAGCUCCAGUGACUCUUCUAGCGAGUAUUCUGAUUGGACGGCGGAUGCGGGAAUCAACCUCCAGCCUCCGACGCGAACAACUAGAAGGCUGCCGGCUCGUGUUGUUGGGAGCAGUAGCUCUGAGGAUGAGGAGGGGACAGGGCAGGGAGAAGGAGAGGCUGAGAGAACGAGUAAACGCACUGAAAAGAAAAAGAAACCUAAACAGCGGUCUGUGCCUGCUGGCGAUUUAGAGGAAUGGUUGCCCCCAUCUUGGAUCAUGGAGACAAUUCCAAGACGAUCACCCUUUGUACCUCAAAUGGGAGAUGAGCUGAUAUAUUUCCGUCAGGGUCAUCAAGCAUACGUCCGAGCCGUGUGUCGUGCCAAAGCCUACAGCAUCAACCCUCAGAAACAGCCCUGGAACCGCCUGAACCUCAGGGAUCAGGAGUCUGUAAAGGUAGUGGGUAUUAAAUAUGAAGUCGGGCCGCCCACUCUGUGCUGCCUCAAACUGGCUCUACUGGACCCCACCUCAGGGAAAAUGACCAACGAAUCCUUCAGCUUGAAGUAUCAUGAUAUGCCUGAUGUCAUUGACUUUCUGGUGCUACAACAGUUUUACAAUGAGGCCAAAGAACGCAACUGGCAGCCUGGUCAGCAUUUCAGAAGCAUCAUUGAUGAUGCUUGGUGGUUUGGUUCGGUGGAGUGUCAGGAGCCAUUUCAAUCUGACUAUCCAGACAGCCUCUUUCAGUGCUACAUUGUCAGGUGGGAUAAUGGAGAGAGAGAGAAAAUGAGUCCAUGGGAUAUAGAGCCCAUACCUGAAGAAGCUCCACUUCCAGAGGAACAUGGGGGCAGUGUCCCGGUCACAGAGGACGAGCUUCAGGCCCUGCUGUACACCCCUCAGGAGGGAGAGUGGGGGCUGAACACACGAGAUGACGAGUGCGAGAGAGUCAUCACAGCCAUAGAUCAGCUGCUAACACUCGAUGUGGCAAAGGCAUUCUCCUGCCCUGUAGAUUUGAGGGAAUAUCCACUGUACUGCACUGUUGUGGCCUAUCUUACUGACCUCAACACCAUCAGAACAAGAUUAGUGCACCGUUUCUACAGGCGGAUCUCGGCACUAAUGUGGGAGGUGCGUUACAUUGAACACAACGCUCGAACGUUUAACGAACCGCAGAGCCCUAUCGUCAAAGCAGCCAAAACGGUCAGCAGCGUCCUACUGCAUUUCAUCAGGGAUCAGACCUGUACUGAUAUCUUGGAUCUCUAUAAUAAGAUGAUGAGCGAAUUCAGCAGCGAGGAAGAGGAAACUGUGAAUGUGGACUCGGACACUCCUGGCACCUCCACUGGUCAGAGGAGGUCCAAUAACGUGCCUCAGAAGCGUGGAGUGGUCAUGGAUAUCAACGCAUGGCACGGACAGUGCAAAGAGCUUCUGAGGAGAAUGAUGGCAAGCUCCGAUUCAGAGGCUUUUCGCCAACCUGUCGACCUCUUCACCUACCCGGAUUAUCGUGAUAUUAUAGACACUCCUAUGGAUUUAGGCACAGUCUCUGAGACCCUGAUGGGUGGGAACUACGAGAAUCCCAUGGAGUUUGCCAAAGACGUGCGGCUUAUCUUCAGUAAUUCAAAGGCUUACACGCCCAACAAGAAGUCUCGAAUCUACAGUAUGACUCUGAGUCUCUCUGCGUUCUUUGAGACUCAGAUCAUUCCCAUAAUCUCCGACUACAAAUCUGCAGUUCAGAAUCAACGUAGGAGUCAACAGAGACUCAGUUGCAGCAAGAGAUUACAGAGCUCCUAUCCCAACAGCCCCAAAGGGAAACCGAAAUCAGGAAAGAAAACUUCCCAGGUGUCUGCAAAAGUCUGCUCACAGAAAUCCUCUCACGAUUUGAAUGUUGCACAAGUCGAUGAAGACAGUCAGCCAUCCUCUUCAUCCUCAUCCUCUUCCUCCUCAUCUUCCUUGUCCUCUUUAUCAGAGCAGGCAGGAGCCAACAGAGUUACACGCAGCCGUGUUACACCAAACAAAUCCUCAGGUGGCCAUGGCUUACUGCCAAACGGAGGUCGAAGUUCACGUCGGAAAGGGGCCGCGUUACCUGAAGAGGGAGAGGUCUCUGAAUGUGAGAGCACCAGCUCAUCAUCAUCCUCGACAUCCGCAUCGUCGUCCUCUUCCGGGACCUCAUCGUCUUCGUCCGAGAGUGAUGACAGUGGGGCUGAGGUGGGCGGCGGCGAUCACGACUACAGCAAAGCCCCGCAACACAAAGAGAAAAGCAAAGCGGCAGCAGCCUCUGUCGAUAACACAAAGCGAAAGCGCAAAGGAGAAGCACAAACAACUCCUGUGAAACGAGCACGGCGAGCAAAUGAAAGAGAUGAAGAAGAGGAGGAACCCGAGGAGGAGGAGGAGGAGGAGGAACCCGAGGGGGAGGAGGAG